AUGUAUCUGCAAUACUUCGAAAGGCAUUCGAGAAAAGACGUCUUAAAGUCAGUCAAUCUGGACUUUGACGCCCGCGUCCCCAUCCCCUUCAGUGUCUUCCCGUCGUCGUACCGGAGUGACGCUGUCUCUGAAACUACUCAGACGCGAGUAGAGGGAGAAGUUCAACUCGAUCACACUUCGCACGUCGAACGGGAAGAUACUCGAGUUCCUGCCCCUCUUCCCAACCCUCGUGUUUACGGAAAGGAAGAAGUCGAUAUCCACGUCCAGGAAGAUCGUACUACCCGUCGAUUCGACUCUCAGAACUACCAGUCUACCAACUACGGUGCUGACGUUGAGUUAACUCGUGAACGCUACCCCAACUACCAACAGUCUUCUGUUCGCUUUGAGGAACGUCCCCAAAUCUACGAUCAGCCUGUUGUCGAGUCCCAACUUGACAUCACUGAAAGAGACUACCGUCGCCGUACCUCUCCUACCUACGACGUCGACGGCUCCUACCAGAGUCGUUACCCCGUAGAACCCUUCCAGUACCAGCAGUCGUCCGGCCCCACCGCCGACUACUCGUACGACCGUUCCUACCAGUCCCAGCCCACCGGUGUUUACCAAGGCGAAGACUACACUCGUCGUCAGAUCGAAGUUGAGAAGCCUGCUCCUCGCUCCACUGUUGACGUAAAGUUCUCCGAGACUACUACAGUCCGUGACAUCCCUGCUCAAGCUCCUGCUUUCACUCAACCUCAAGUUCAAGCUCCCGUUCAAUCUCGCAAGAUGGGUUACUACGACGACGAGGGUCAAUACCACUCUUUCCGCCGCGGUGUCGAGCGUGCUGCCGACCGCAUCAUGCACCCCUUCCACGACCGUGAUGAGGCCCCCGCUAGUGGUGCCUCUUACGAGGGUCCUCGUGAGACCGUCCGUGUCGUCGAGCCCCGUAACCGUGGUACUCCCGGCGAGACCGUCGCUAUCCCCUGCCACUUCGUUCGCAUUGGUGACAUCCUGAUCCUUCAGGGCCGCCCUUGCCAGGUGAUCCGCAUCUCGGUCUCUUCCCAGACCGGCCAGCACCGUUACCUCGGUGUUGACCUCUUCACCCGCCAGCUGCAGGAGGAGUCGAGCUUCGUCUCCAACCCCUCUCCUUCCGUUGUCGUCCAGACCAUGCUCGGCCCUGUCUUCAAGACCUACCGCAUCCUCGAUGUCAACGCUGACGGCUCCCUGACCGCCAUGACCGAGUCUGGUGACAUCAAGCAGGCCCUGCCCGUCAUCACCCAGGGUGGUCUGUACAAGCGCAUCCGUGACUCCUUCGCCGAUGGCCGUGGCUCCGUCCGUGCUCUCGUCAUCAACGACGGUGGCCGUGAGCUCGUUGUUGACUUCAAGGUUAUCCACGGUUCCCGUCUGUAA